GCUGUCGGAAGGUCCCGAUUUGUGCGGGGGAGCGGCGCGCGCUCGGCAGAACCGCGGGGUCCGCAGCGGCACCGGCACCGGCACCGCACCGGCAUCGCCCCGGCACCGCCCCGGCACCCGCACCAGCACCGCCUCAGCGCCUUCCGGGACCCGCAGGGCCGGCCUUUGCACUGAAGCCAAGUGAAGAACCUCACAAUUGCACUACGUACCGCUUAGCUCUGAUUUCUCUGGCAGCCAAACAUCUCUGUCACCAAGACCUCGAGGGCUGUUUUUCCCCUCCCUGCCCAUCUCUCCUGUGUCUGUGCCUGGAAGCUGGUGCCCAGCAGUAGCUCUAUCUCCCCGUCCAUCCUGCUGGACUGCUCCCCACCAUGUUUCAGCGUCUCACCAGCCUCUUCUUCAGUGACAGCAACACACCAGAGGGCCUAGAGGAGCCCAAACCCUUUGUUGAGGAAGAGGAGGAGGAAGAUGGCUGGCUCAUAAUUGAUCUUGCAGGCAGCCGUGCCCGCCCCGGCCCCGCCCGCCGCCCCGGUGCUGGCGGUACCGGGCGCUCGGCGCGACCCCGCCCGACACCCCCCGGUCCGCCACCGCCACCGGCCGCUUCCCCGGCUCCGGCCGGUCCCUGCUUGAUGGACGAGAGUUGGUUUGUCACCCCUCCCCCCUGUUUUACUGCAGAGGAGCCCGGCCCCGACGGCGUGGGGAGCAGCCCCAUGGAGGACCUGCUCAUCGAGCACCCCAGCAUGUCCGUCUACGUCACCAGCACCCUCGAGGUGGAUGGGGAGGGCCCCGAGGACGAUGCUGCAGCGGACGGGCCGGAGCCGCGGCCGGAGCGGCCCGUGGCGCACCACGGCCGGGCGCUGGCGGUGAAGGCGGCGGCGCUGGACAAGGCGGGGCAGGCGCAGCGGCUGCAGCGGGCCAAGCAGCUGGCGGAGCGGCACCGCCUGGGCCAGAAGGCGCUGCAGCGGCAGAACCGGGCCCGGCAGCGCCCGCCCCGCCGCGCCAAGCAGCUCCCCGGGGCCUUCGUGCACCAGCCCUGCCAGCGCCACUGCAACUACUGACCUCGCUCCCCCGCCCAGGGGCUGCCCCCGGCCCCGGGAGUGCGGGCCCCACGGACACCGGGACACGGCGGCUCCGCUCCACUCCCCGCGCCCGCACGCCUCGCCCGCACUCCUCAUCUUCCUCCUGUCGCCCUCACCGCGCCCCUCGCCCUCGAUGCCGUCUGGGCCACAACCCCUGGAGCCGCCGGCAUGGAGGGCCACGCCACCCCUCCCCAACAGCCUCGACAGCCUUCACGUGGGAAAUCAGUAUUCCCAGUGACAUCACCUCUUCCCGAAAUACACCUGUUCCCGGUGAAGCCUGUUUGUCCUGAUAAGCCUGUGACAUCAGUGCCUUUCCUCACAUCAUGACUCCAUGUACAGCCUGGAUGGGAUGUCACACAGACACCGAGCGGGAGUGACAAGAGCAAUGAAGCCACAAGAUUUGGGAUUUUUAGGAAAAUCUCAUCAAUGACACUAAAUAAUGCUUCCGCCCUGCAAAACCAGCAAGUGCUCCUGUCCCUCCUUGAUUUCUUAGCUACAUUUGACCAUGAUAACCCCCCACUGCCAGUCCCAAAGGGGCUUGUGGUUGAAAGCGCUGGUGGAAUCUCUGUGGCCGGGCCAGCCAGGCGGCUCCUGGUGCCUCACGGUGGUCUUUUUAAAAAUCAACCUUAAAAGGAAUCUCAGGAAUCAAAGCACCGUCCCAGCGCCGCGCCGGAGCCCUUGGCUACCAUGCCAGGAGGGGUGGCCAGCCUGGGGUGGCAUCACCGUGGCUGGUGGUCCCAUCUGAGCGAGUCCCGUCCUCCUGGAGCAGGUCACCUGCCCCAGCCACAGCUGUAUCCCUGUGGGUACGCCUGUAUAUGUGUGUGUAUAUAUUUCUCUCUGUACCGUCAUACUCAGAAGAGCCCCUGUUAAGCCGAGAAGCGUUGUCUGCCUGGUGUCAGUCCUCGGGAAGGGAGAGGGGGCAGGGAUCUGCACAGCUUCCCCAAGGUGGCCAAAGCAUGUCGAUGGUGGUGGUGAAAGGAUGCUGAAGAAGAGGCCGGAGGGAAGAGGCUGAAGUAAGGACAAAGAUGGAUCUGGGAGCCACUGAAAUGGGUCAAGAUGGGGCAGGCCUGAGUGAGAGGAUUGCUGUAAGAGGAGCUGUAACAGGAGCAUCUUCUUUCCCCACUAAAAAUUGCAUCCUUUCCCAUGAAGGGCCAAAUUCCUCUGCUAGGCAAUGCUGAUUUUUAAUGCAAAUCCCUCCUCUCUCCAUGAUGGACUCCUUCUGCCUUUGGAAGAACAUGGCUCCAGCACCAGCUGAGAUAGCUCCAAAUCCAGCAGAAAUUUACUGAGCUGCCCUCCCAGUUCUCUCCUUUUAGGAACUGGUUUUGCACCCUGUGCCCUGCGAAAGAGUCCUGCUCACGACCAGCUCACAGUCUGGAUUCCCCCACCCUCUGAGACGAGAAAUACCUCCACAACUCCAGAAAAUUCCAAUUUCACCAGAGGUUCUUCCACUCACCAUGUUGCAUCCCUUAAUAUCAGCCAGGCACCUCGGCUGAAGGAGUCGUGGUGAGCCCAGACUCAGACAGCUGAUAGUUAUUAAUUCUUUUGAUGAGAUUAAAACCAAAAUGAACCUUCUUAGGAGCAACAGCCCCCAGCUCCGGGCCAGGGAGCCUGGACCGCAGUAGCCGGCUGCUGCUGCUCACCUGCAGCGUUUCCCCUUCACUCCGCUGCCUCGGCGUUCCCAAAAGCCCAGAGCUGGGGAAUUCCGUGCCCCCGGCAUCGCCCCGCCCUCCUCGGGCCUCACUGCAACCUCUGUCCCUCACCAAGCCUGAGACCACACUGCAGAUCACCCUGUCCCACCCCUGCUGUCUUCUUGGUGAAGAGACUGACAUCUGGCUCCAGGGGAGCGUUUACAUCCUUUGGCUUCCUGGGCUUCACACUCGAUGCCUUUUUUUCACCCUGCAGUGAUGCCUGGGAUUGAUGGGGAGCAGGGCAUGUGCAGGGACACUGGCACAGGUGCAUGUGACAACAGGCAGGGGCUGAGCCCGAGCUCCCAGAUGUCUGAUGGGGUGCUGCCUUCCCAUCCCGCUCUCCCCAUAUCGCUGGAUGAGCCCCUCUGUGGCCACUGGGCAGCAGCAUUAGAGGAAGCGUUUUCUCUGCAGCCCCAACACACAUCAAGAAGUGUAGAAGCCAAGCACUGUCCAGCCCCCAGCUUGGUCUCCACUACAGAUUCUCCUCCUGUGCAUCCAAGUUGCUGCCAGAACCCCUGGAACACUCCAGAAAUCAGAGGCUGGCUGCGACCCCAUUGCCCCCUUGGCAGCUCCCAGAGGAACAGGCUGGGGGGAGCAGUGGCCCUGAGGCAGAUCCUGCUGUGUCUCCCCUGCCAGGCUCUCCUGUGCCUGCCCGACUGCUGGAAAUGGUACCCCAGGAGAAAUCCCUUCUGGAAACCCUCCCGUGCAGCCCACUCAUCUGCUGUGAGCCAGAGGCCUUUGGCCGUGUUCCGGGGGGACUUGUCUCAGUCUGGCACUGCCACCAGCACCCAGCCCCCAGUGCCCAUUCCAAACAGGUGAUCUUCCUCCGUCCUGGUUUUCAGAAGCAAAUUCAAACAGUUUUCUUUUCCUUUCUUCUUUCCAUGCCAGUCUGUCUUUCAUCAUGCUGUGCCCAGCCAGCACAGGAGAUGAAGCAGAACUGUUGUCACACUUUAUAUCCAGAGUAUGUUUAUAAAGGUUUAAUAAAUUAUUAAUAAUGUUUUCAUGAAGAGGUUAAUCCAGACCCUGAGCCUCUGGCAGCUCAGUGGAGUGCACAAACCACAGCAAAUGAGCUCCUGCAAGCCCCCUCUGUUGUUUGCACUCUUGCUGUGUAUUAACACCCGACACUCACCUGCCAGCCCUUCGCCCCCAGUGUGACCCACCCUCCCUGUGCUGUGGCAAAGGUCUGUUCAGCCUGGGCUUUGCAGAAGACCUGCAAUGUUCUGCUCCUGCCCAGCAGCAAGCACAAGGCCUGGCCUGGUCACAGGCCUCCUGCCCAGUGCUGCCAGAGCAAGAAAACCCCUUUUCACUGAGGUUUUUUGUCUCCUCAGAUCUUAAAACAAAUGAAAGGUGCUUAAAAACUGAGAACUUCCUGUGUGUGCACCCGUGUGCAUGUGUAGAUAUUUCACAGCCCAGUGUGGGUGUUCAGUAGCUUGUUUUGGGGUGUGGGAUUGAAUUUUUUAGGGGUUUGUUGGGAAUUUUUUUUUUUUUUUGCACCCAGUAUUUGUGAUGCGCUGUGUGGUGCUUCCAGUGGGAAGGUUCUGGUUUGCAGGGAGCUCUUGGGCUGGUCCUGCUAGGACAGGUGGGGUGAAUUUUGCUUUCUUUUCUGUACUUGUGUAGGGGGAAACUACAGCAUGGACUCAGGGACAAACCAAUCUGCUGGGGUCUUUAAAAAUGUCUUUUUCCCAGGCUUCUCUGUUAGAAUGGGGGGCUUGGUUCUGGGGUGCUUGCAGGGAUGUGGCCUGUGGCAGCACAUGCUGGUGACAGGAGCUGUGGGGUGCUCUGACACUCCUGUGUGGAAAAGAAUUUGUGGCCAUUCAUGGUGGGACCAUUCCUGGGCUGCAGCCCCUCUUCAUUUGUUCAUUGCCCUGAAAAUUCACCUUUACAGCUGCUAGAAUGUGUCUGGUCCCUUUUUAGACUUGCUUGUGAGCAACCACAUACGGAUUUUCAGCACUGAGCCUCCUAGGGUUUGGGAAGUGCAGCAGAGCUGUGUGUUACAGCCUGACCCACCACAUCACUGGGAUCAGGAGACAGCCAGGAUGGGGCAAGCCAUUGGAAUGAUCACCUGGAGAAAUGGUGAUGCAGGCAACUGAAAGAAAGUUUUGCAUUUCUUGCAAUGAAAGCAUAAAAAAGGGGAAGAAUUCCCAGUGGAAAGACCUGGGCAAAUCCCUGUUCAGUACAUGUCAGCUCUGCUGGGCAGCAUGGCAGUGCUGGGCUCAGACACCUGAGCUGGCUCCAGCCCCAGCAGCAGCUUCCCAGCCCCAUACUGGAAUCGCAGGCUCGGGGGCAGCAGGGCGCUGGGACGGGCUGGGGCAGUGCCCUCAGUGAUGGCUGGAGCUUGUCACACCCCUUAUGGAGGGAAGGAUCUUUCCACCACUGAAGCCCCCAUGGUGCAGGGAUCUUCUCCAAGCAGGAUUUCCAUCUGCCUGCCUGGUUCUGCUCUGCCUGCCCGGCCCAGCGCGAGGGAUGAACCCCCGAAGUGUGACGGGGCCAGGAGGGACAGCCCUGCUGGAGAAGUGCCACCUCUUGGGAUGCACCAGGGCCCCCCGUGCCCCCAGGCCCCCAAGGCUGUGCUUGCUGCUGGCAAGGCCAGGCUGUGGCACACUCAGGACCCCUCACUGACAGCUGCAGUGAAGUUCUCGCACCGAAUUCUGGCUCUUGCUUGGCACAGCAAGGCUGGAGGGCUGCAGAGGGAGUAGGGGCAAAAGUCCUCCUCACCUGUUGCUCUGAAAUUUGCACUCACAAAUGUGCUUUCUAAGAAGCUCUGCUGCAAAAGCUUGGUCUGGAAGAGAAAUGAUUCUCUCCAUGGGAGGCUGUGUUUCCUUCUCAUUGUGGAUAACAUAAAUGCAUGGCUCAUCCCAAAGAUCACUGCUGUGGAAAUCUUCUCUCUUUAGGCGUGUUUCUAAUCAAUAGUUUUACAUUUACAUCAUACUGAUAAUUCUUUGUCUUCUAUCCAGCCCUGCUGGGGAGCAAAGUACCCACUUAGAUGUCUUGCCAUACCAGAAAGGAAAAAAAAGAUGAAAAAUACUCCAGUGAGGUUCUAGGCUUGAGUCCCACAGCUUUGCAGUUGCCCCUCUGGAUCAGUAUCAAUUCCAUUGCCCUGCAUAAAGUGGAAAUUAAACUUCAUGUGAAUUUAUUGAAAAACAAGUGAGCCCCCAAAGAUCAAGCAUCUAAUAAUUAGGAAACAGUAAGAAGACCUAAGUCACCUUAAGUCAAGAGAAAUCAUUCUCAGCAUCUCUCAGAAGGCAGCACCGAGCCCCACUGCCCUGGGAAUGGCUGGUGGCAGUCCUUGAGUCUUCCCUGAGUGUCUGGGUUAAAACAAGAGGCCAUCCAUGUCCAGCUGGUGCCAGGGGACUCUCAAGCCACCGGGGAUUGUCAGCUGCCACCCCUCCCACGGGUGACUCUGAUGUGCCUCCAGUUUGCUGCUCCUCCUUUGCUGCAUGCACUCAGAAAUAGCUGCUGGCAGCAGGAGGGAUGCACCAGCACCUCAGCAUCCCCCCAAGCUUCACAGAGCUUCCCCCCAAGCCCUUCUCCACCACUGGACUGUGGUGGCCUCAGCACAGCUGCUGGCAGGGACUGGAGCCUGAGGAGGGACACCCACAGCACUGACAGCCCCUCCCUCCCAAGGGACUGCCACGGGCAGACCCACCAGGGACAGGAACGGGCCUUAAAAGGGGCUGAUCCCCUCAGGGCUUGUCUUCUUCAAGCUGGAGCUUUCUGUCUCUCAGACCUGCUCCAUACAAGUCAGUAACCUCCUGUCAUCCUCACGGCCUCCAUCCUCGUCCCAUUCCCAUCACUGGAGUGGCUGCCACAGGUUGCCUGAAUGUGGCUGUGGGAGCUGGAUGCAGCAGUGGGAAAGGCUCUGCCUGCCUGAAGAGUCCCUUCUUUGCUGAGAGGUGUCCUCAAACCUAUUGGAGAUGCCACCUUCUCCUUGCUCGUCUCCAGGAUCCCAGAGCGCUCCCCAGCCAUGGGCUCUGGACAGCUGGACACAGUUGGGCAGGAGGUCUCCCUGUUCCAGGCUGUCCAUUGAUGCAUCUCCAUCAGCUUUUCUUUUUGCUCCUUGAGAACAUUUGUCAUUAACUAAACCUGUAACUCUCUCCUUAGAGGAAUGACAGGGAUGAGCAGCUCCUUUUAAUAGCAAAGGUGGCUCUUAUGUGUGAUGAUCUUUCCAGUUCUUCUGUGCAGAGUGGUGACACCCAGGUGUGGCCCCUGUCACUCAUUCUGAGCUGACACCUCCUGGGCUGGCAAGGGGGUUGCUUUUCCAACCCUGUAUUUUAUAUAGGGAUGCUGCCCCAUGCUUCAGAGCACAAAAAGAGCUGCAAAGCUUUCACUCUGUUGCAGCUUAACGUGAAAAUCCUUCUGCCUUCCACUCUGACCCUAUUUCAUUACAUGGUGGGGGGGAAGAUUUUAUUCCCUGCAAAUGGAGGGGAAAACAGCACAGUAAAUUCUAAGUGUAGCUUAACAAGGGGUUGCAUAGGGGAGCCCAAAGUUCCUCUGCUCUUUUGCAUUCACCUCAUGUAUCCUUGCUGGGGAAGCCAUGAGCAGCUGUGCCCAAGUCUCACUGAGAUCUUAUCCUCAGCUUUAUGCUUCAGGAAGUCUGGGGAUGAGGGAGCAGCACAAGGCGUAGCAGUAAAGUGAAAUUUCCUCUUGUAUCAGAGCUGUGCUUGUACAGAGCCACCGAGCACUGCAAUAUUCUAUCUGUAUGGAUCCACCCCUGGUAUCUGCUUGUAAAACUCAUGCCCACACAUUACCCUCCCUCAUGCUGCACUGACUGUACAUGUGCCUUCACCCUUUUUCAUGGUUUGGCAUCUUUUUUAAACACAAUUACAGAACUUGAAUAAUCACUGAACUGCAGUUACAAGUCCUAUGCAAGAGGUGACCAGGGAGUCAGUUUUCAAUAUUUCUGUGUUUCUGUGUUGUUUUCAGAGUCACUGUGGGGUUUUUCAGAGAAGCCCAACAGAAUUAAUGCCCCAAAAAGCAUUAAGAUUACUUUUUUUUUUAAAAAAAGCAUUUAGCAUUUUGGAUAUACUUAAUCUCUUAGGCAGCUUUGAAAAGCUCAGUCUAAACCCCAGUUGCUCACCAGGCGGUGCUUGGAGCAGGAGCAGGAGCAGCAGGAUGGACGAGCGCCAGGACAGAUGGCCUGUUCCAUGGUUGGAAAAGGUUGCCUUAAGCCUUCCCCAAAAUGCACCGGAGAAUGUUCCCGUGCCCUCCUGCCCCACGCCCGCGGGCAGCUCGGGGCAGAGCAGCUCCCGCCCUGGGCUCUGCUGGACGGGGCACAGCUGCCACUCGGGGAUCUUGGAGAAGAGGGAAAACCAGCCCCACGUUUUCUACAUCACCUAUGCUGUAGGACUGAGACCUCGUCUGAAACUCGAAGCUAACAAAAACCUGUCCUUUCGUGUGUUACGUGUUCAGUUGCUGUAAGCAGGGUUCGUAGGGAAAGGGCGUUUCCUCCUCUAGGACAUUGUGUAAACAUUUGCCGUGUGUCGACAGACUGAAGGACACGACUGCCUGGGAUGCAUUGUGUAGUGUGCCUGUGUGUGUGUAACCUGGUUUUGGUUGUUAGGUUGUAAUGCUGUCUCUUGACUGAAUAAAAAAAUCUAAUAUAAAGAAAAAUCACAAGAAAUAAAAAAAAUAUAUAUUUAAAAUCUA